AUGGGUACAGGCGCAGAAAAUGUGCAGCAAGGGCCGCCUCCAGUGUAUUCCACAAACGUCAGUCAGUCACCAAUCAACAUUUACCCUGCAGGAGUCCAAGUUCAGCAGCCAGGGACUGUCAUUUAUACAACCAACCCUGCGACAACUACGACCGUCGUCGUUUCUUAUCAGAACCAAGUUCGUUUUUUUAAUUAUUCAAUAAAAAUUCGUUGGAAAAAUAAAUACAGAUGUACGCACGUAUUUGAAAAAAACCUCAAACUGAAAUUUGAAGACAGCUAAUCUUCUGAGAUAAUCCGAAAAUUGGGUUUCAAAUUUUUCAAAAAUAAUUUUUUUAAAGGUUCAUUUAUGACAUAUUGUCUCUGAAAAAAAUUUAAGUGAGUAUUUAAAUCACAUCAAUUUCGUUUAUAAGAUCGGAAGAACAGAGAAUUAAGAAUAAUAAUUUUAUCCAUUUUUUUCAACCUUUUUUUCUAAUGUUUGGCGAAAUUUUAAAGCGUUCAUGAGUCAGUGCGAAAAAAGGAUUUUCAAAAUAGGAAAAGAAAGUUUAUUUAAGUAAGCGAUUAUUUACUUUUUGUAAAAAAAUCUCAUUGGUUGAACUUUUUUUCGGCGGUCAGAGCUUAAAAACGUGUAUCAAUGUGCAAGAUACAAGAAAAAUACGGAACACAAAUCAAAGAGAGAAAUUAAAUAAUUUCAUAAAAGAGACAUCUCUAUCAAAAAAAUUUUAAGAUUUUUCGCGGACGACAAGCCUACACGAGCUGAAUGCCCACGUUGCAAGGUAAAAAAAUAAGAAGUUAUAAAACAUAAUUUUGCUUGGAAAAAAAGUGAAAGAGAAGAAUAAUUUGAGUUUAUUGAUCGUUUUUUUAUUGUAACCUGUCUAAGAAAAAAAUUACAAUGAAUCUUUGAAAAAAAUACAAUUCUUUCUUUCUUUUUCUUCUGCAUGAGAACUAUCAAAAAAAGUCAGAAUCCCCAUAUCGAGACAGUUUCAAAUCAUUUUUUAUAAACAGAUUACCGUGACAACACGCGUUGAGAAUCAAAUUGGAGCAUGCUGGUGGAUCAUUUGCUUUGUCGGCUUCUUUCUCAUCUGCUGGCCGAUUCUUUAUAUCCUCUGCUGCAACGUUUCCAAAGACGCCACUCAUUCUUGUCCAAACUGUGGCCUUGUCCUCGGGAGAUUUAAACGUGCGUGUUAA